GCCUAAUCUUCCUUACUAACCACUAUGGACAAUGACUAUCCAAGGCUUCCGCGGCGGAAUCGUAGCGGGGAUGACCCAAAGAUGAUUGGACUAUGGAAGGUCGGAAGGACUAUUGGCAAGGGAAGCUCAGGCCGCGUAAGGAUCGCACGACAUUCAAAAACAGGUCAAUAUGCCGCUGUAAAGAUUGUGUCUAAAACAUCCUCAUGAACUCUAUCACCAAACUUGUCGACUCCGCGGAGCAUAUGCUUCUCAGCAUUGAACGUGAAAUCGUGAUCAUGAAGCUCAUCGACCAUCCAAAGAUUCCAAACAUAAUGCGCCUCUAUGACGUGUGGGAGACCUCCAGCGAGCUCUAUCUUAUUCUUGAGUACGUAGAGGGAGGCGAGCACUUCGAUUAUCUGUGCAACAAGGGACGGCUAUCCACCUUCGAAGCAUUGGGCUACUUCCAGCAAAUCAUCUCCGCAAUCGACUAUUGCCAUCAACUCAACAUUGCCCAUAGAGAUCUCAAGCUUAAGCUUGAGAACCUUCUCAUGGACCAAAACAAGAACAUCAAGGUCGCAGACUUUGGUAUGGCUGCUUGGCAGGCCAGGUCCCAAAAUGGAUUACUUCAUACGGCAUGUGGAAGCCCUCAUUAUGCGGCCCCGGAAGUCAUCAUGGGGAAAGAGUACAAUGGACGCGUUUCUGAUAUCUGGUCCUGUGGCGUGAUUCUAUUUGCCUUGCUUGUGGGACGCCUUCCGUUCGAUGAUGAGGACCUACCAACACUGCUAGAUAAAGUCAAGUCGGGAAAGUUUGAUAUGCCAGCUGGGAUUGAUCUCCUGGCCAAUGAUCUUAUCACAAAGAUGCUGCAGAAGGACGUUGUGAAGCGCAUCACGAUCCCUGAAAUCCUCACUCACCCAUUCUACCUUUCCCAAGAGCCAAAGUCUGUGGACGCGAACACGCCGAGGCUCAAUGAUAUAGCAAGACCUCUCUCUGACCUUGAAGACAUUGACCAAGAUAUUCUCGCGAACCUCCGCACGCUUUGGCACGAUACAUCCGAGGAAGACAUCAAAGCUAGCCUCAAGAGCUCCGAGCCAAACUGGCAAAAAGGCGUUUACCGACUGCUCACCAAUUAUCGGGACAAUCACUUGGAAGAUUACGAUGAGGAAGAGGAGAUGGUGCAAAGAAUGACACGACGAAAUCAAUUGGGAAUGACCCUCAGGGCAUGACUGGGACCACAUCCCAAACACCCCACCUGACACGCGCGCCUUCAUUUCUUCCUCCUCGCGCAGCUCCUCCGACCCCGCGUAGGGCAGCUGGUCGCACGCUUCCCCUGCACAGCGAUGAUAGUGAUAGAGACUGCAUACAACUAGGCGCUCCUCGUAUAACUCUGUGUUCACCGACACCGCCACGUCCAGGGGCUGAUCUCCG